AUGGCUUGGCACGCUAUCGUGUGGAUUUUUGUCAUCAUUGGCUUGCGGAGUAAUGUGUGGGGGCAGAUUGUAUAUUCCGUUUCGGAGGAGACGAACACCGGCACCGCGGUAGGAAAUCUCGCAAAAGAUUUGAAUCUGGAUGUGAAUGAGCUAGAGCCUCGCGGAUUUGAGAUAGUCCCUGGACCUAGCAAGAAGUAUUUCGACGUAAAUGUGAAAACCGGAGUUCUUCACGUUAAAGACAGAGUUGACAGAGAAGGAUUAUGUGGACGAAGCUUAAAAUGCUCACUGGAAUUGGAGGCCAUUCUCAACUCACCACUGAAUAUGUAUCGCUUCGAGGUAAACAUUUUAGACAUUAACGAUAACGCACCAGCUUUUCGCACGCCGUCUUUGUCCAUAAACAUUUCAGAGUCCGCUUUUCCGGGGCAGAGGUUUGCAUUGCCUCGUGCCCACGAUGCGGAUGUGGCUAGUAACUCGGUGAAGACCUACAAGCUGAGCUCGAAUGAACACCUCUCACUAGACAUACAGAGUGGAGGGGACAGUGUGUCUGCAGAAUUAGUGUUACAGAAAGCUUUGGACCGAGAAAAGCAGUCUUUGAUAAAGCUCACAUUAACCGCAAUAGAUGGCGGAAAACCCUCAAGGUCAGGGUCGAUGAAUAUAGUUGUGAAUGUUAUAGAUGUAAACGAUAACAUUCCCAUAUUCAGUAAACAGCUGUAUAAAGCCAAAAUAAACGAGAAUGCACCUAUUGCUACGCCAGUGAUUUCGGUUCAUGCUACAGAUUUAGACGAGGGCUUAAAUGGUAAAAUGAUGUAUUCUUUAAUAAAUCAUGACGACGACAAUAAUAUUGAUGUUUUUGUAAUCAAUCAGUUGACUGGAGAAAUCACAGUAAACGGAGAGGUAGACUUUGAGAAAAAUAAUGCCUUUGAAAUUCACGUGAAAGCAGAGGAUAUGGGUACCAGCCCAAGAGCAUCAUAUUGUAAAGUUCUGGUAGAAAUAGUGGAUGUUAACGACAAUUCACCAGUUAUAUCAGUAACUUCUUUAGCAGACCAAGUAAAAGAGGAUGCUAAGACGGGCACUAUGGUUGGCCUGAUAACUGUAAUAGAUGGUGAUUCUGGGCAGAAUGGCGCUGUAAAGCUUAGUUUAAUAGAGUCGGUACCAUUUAAAAUACAAAAUACUUACAAAAAUAAAUAUGCAUUGGUUGUGGAUGGUCCGUUAGACAGAGAGCAAGUAUCUCAGUAUGACAUAAGCAUGCAAGCGACGGACGAGGGGAGUCCGCCGCUCUCUACCACUAGCCAUAUAACUGUUCGCAUAUCUGAUGUUAAUGACAAUGCCCCUCGCUUUCCAGAGCCUGUUAUUAAUGUUUAUGUAAAAGAAAACAGUGACGUUGGUGCUGUGAUUUUUACGGUGUCUGCUUUUGACCCUGACAUGAAUGAUAAUGCCAAAGUAACUUAUACUUACCUGGAAGGCUCAGACAAAAACUUCCCUGUUACCUCUGCGGUAAACAUAAAUUCAGAUAGUGGUGAAAUCUAUGCCCUUCAGUCUUUCAAUUAUGAGGAAACAAAAUCAUUUUCCUUCAAAGUUCAGGCCACAGACUCUGGUUCACCCCCGCUUAGUAAUAAUGUUACCGUGAAUGUAUUUGUUCUGGAUGAGAACGACAACAGCCCCGUGGUCCUCCCACCAUAUUCUGAGCAUGGCUCUGUGAACACAGAGAAUGUUCCCUAUUCAGCUGAAGCUGGCUACUUUGUUGCCAAAAUCAGGGCUGUAGACGCAGACUCUGGAUAUAACGCGCUGCUGUCUUACCACAUCUCUGAGCCAAAAGGAAAUAAUCUCUUUCGAAUCGGAACCAGUAGUGGGGAAAUCAGGACUAAGCGGCGUAUGAGUGAUAGUGACCUCAAAACUCACCCGCUGGUGAUUAUGGUUUCUGAUCAUGGAGAGCCUCCGCUGUCAGCGACUGUAUCCAUCGAUGUUGUUGUUAUGGAAAACACAGAUGAUCUGAAGACCCCAUUCGGACAUGUUCCUGUUAAGGACGACACGUUUUCUGAUCUGAACCUUUAUUUGUUGGUUGCUAUCGUCUCUGUAUCAGUGAUCUUUCUACUGAGCCUCAUCAGCUUGAUAGCUGUAAAAUGCCACAGAACAGACAACACUUUUGAUGGCUACAACCCGCCAAUGAUCACCACACAUCCUGACGGAACCUGGUCUUACUCCAAAUCUACACAGCAGUAUGACGUGUGUUUUAGCUCAGACACACUGAAGAGUGACGUAGUAGUUUUCCCCACAGCGUUUCCGCCUCCUGAUGCUGAACUGAUCAGUAUUAAUAGUGGAGACACAUUUAAUCGGACUCAAACACUCCCCAACACAGUAAAGCUACGGGGAAAAACACCGCUGUCCAUGGUGCUGGACAUGCAGCAGGUGUAA